AUGAUGCGCGCCGCGACCCUCCGCCGCUCGCUGUCGACGACGGCCAAGACGCUGCGCGUCGUCGUCGUCGACGGCUACGCGCAGAAGAGCCGCGACGAGUUCGUCGCCCGCGGCAUGCCCUUCGCCAGCGGGCUCUACCAGGACAUGCUCGUGGCCAACGCGCCGCGCGGCGUGCGCCUCGAGUUCGAGACGAUCUUCCCCUGCAGCGACGACUACGUGCCGCCGAGCGACGACGCGCUCGCGGCCUUCGACGCCGCGGCCUUCACGGGCAGCUCCUACUCCGCGUACGCGCCGGACGUCGACGUGGCGCGGCAGGUCGACCUCAUGCGGCGGACCUUCGACUGCGGCGUGUCGAGCUUCGGGAGCUGCUGGGGCAUCCAGAUCGCCGCCGUCGCGCUGGGCGGCCGCGUCGAGCUGUCGCCCAACGGCCGCGAGGUCGGCUUCGGCCGCAAGGUCGCCCUGACGCCCGAGGGCCGCGGCCACCCCAUGUACGCGGGCAAGAAGUCCUGCUUCCACGCCUUCAUGAGCCACAGCGACGAGGUCUCCGUCGUCCCGCCGGGCGCCGUCGUCACGAGCGGCAACGACCACAGCCGCGUCCAGGCCAUGGCCGUGACGCGCAACGGCACGGAGUCCUGGUUCGUCCAGUACCACCCCGAGUACGACCUGGCCUACUACGCGUCCCUCAUCGCGGGGCGCAAGGAGCGCAUGACGGCCAUGGGCUUCUUCCGCUCCGAGGACGACAUCGACGCCUACGUCGACGACCUCACCGCGCUCCACGCCGCGGGCCUCGAGGCGCGCAAGGACGUCGCCUGGAAGUACGGCGUCGACGAGGACGUCUACGACGCCGACGUCCGCCAGUGCGAGCGUCGACGACCAGCAACACAACAAGCAACCACCAUGUCGACGACCACGGCCCUCGUCGCGCUCGCCGCGCUCGCCGGCGCUGCGGCCCAGACCUGCCCGCUGGCCGACGAGUUCGGGUUCGCGUUCCCCAACGGCGCGGAGGACGCGGACGCGCUCGGCGGCCUCGUCGUCCGCGGCUUCGACGCGGCGAACGCGGCGGCCUGCGAGUACUGCGGCGUCACGACGCGCCACGAGGCGCCGGGCCUGCCGACCGAGGAGGCGCCGGGCACCUACUACGGCUACGAUUUCAAAUGGAACAAGCUCGAAGGCGAGCGGUCCUUCUGGCGCGACGCGGCCAAGGGCUGGAAGCGGUCCGUCGCGUGGUACGCGUCGUGCGGCCACGGCUACGAGAGCGACCGCCGCUGGUACGAGUGGUCCGGCGAGUGCGUCAUCCCCGACGCGCGCAAGUUCCUCGGUGAGUCCUGCGCGAGCAAGAGCGACUGCGCGCACGGCUUCACGGACCCCUACGUCGACGUGACAUGCGCGCCGACGUCGCCCGACGCGCACGCGCCCGACCUCCGCUGCGUGCUCGACGAGGAGGCGACGUGGCUCGCGACGCGGUCCCUCGAAAGCACCUGCGAGUGCUUUGGCUUGCUCUACUGCCACUCGGACGACUGCGACGGCAACAUGUGCGUGCUCAGCACCUACGACAUGCAGAAGCACUGCAAGUACGCGGACGACGACGGCUUCACCGACGUGCUCUUCGGGUCCACGCAGUGCUCCAACUGCCGCGCGGCCGAGAACCCCUGCCCGUCCUACGACGGCGGCUCGCCCUACGGCCGCCGCCUCGCGGAGGCGUCGCCGCUCGUCCUCGCGCCGGCCCUCGCGCUGCUCGUCGUCGCCGCCGCGGUCUUCUCGGCCUACGUCUGCCGGACGCGCCCCGUCGACGACGUCGCGCCCGUGAAGAUCGGGCUGCCGGCGAGCGACCUCGUCCUCCCGGAGGUCGAGGUCUAAAUUUCCUGUGUUCUGU